CAGUAUAUACAUACAUGUGAAUCUUUGGCAUGAUCACCGGGUUGAUUGCAUGAAAUCUAGCCAUGAAACGGUUGUACAUCGGUGGUCUCGGGCACACUGGGUCUGAGAAGGACCUCAAAGUCAGAUUUGGAAAAUUUGGAGAUGUGUCAGAUGUGGAAAUCAUUACGAGGAAAGAUGAGAAUGGAGCUCCUCUGAAAACAUUUCGCUACAUCAACAUAAACAUCACAGAUGCUGAAUACAAAAGAUGUGUAGGCAUCUUAAAUAAAUCCACAUGGAAAGGUGGAACCUUGCUUAUUCAGUUGGCAAAAGAAAGCUUUCUACAUAGACUUGCUGAGGAACGACAGCAACUGGUUGAAAAGACCAAGACACCAAAGACCAUCCCUCAGGAUCCCCAAUUAUUGGACUCACUUAAAGUGGCCGGCGUUGAGAAUUUCCACAUGAAAGCUGCCGUUCCAGGAACAAAAAUUCCCGGCCAUAAGAAUUGGGUCGUGAGUAAAUUUGGGAGGGUACUUCCUGUCCUGAACCUGAAGUAUAAAGGAAAGAACAAGGUCUUCAAGUAUGAUCCAUCCAAACACUGCCACAUCAAGAGACUGGAGGCUGCGGAUGACGUCACAUCAGUGUCCAAGCUGACAUGGGAGCUUGAAGGUGGAAACGAUGAAAUCAGUAAGAAAAGGAGAGGAGAGUUUCCAAAGCAGAAACCGUGUCCCAAAAGAUCCAAAAUAGACUUGAGUUUGUUUCUUGGUAAUUUGGCUCAAAGAAAUGCAAAUAAUGCGGCUGCCAUUGAAAACAAAACCAAAGUGGCGAUCCAACAAAACGGACUCUCCGCUACAAAGACGGGAAAGCAAAAAUCUGUUUGUGUUUUGGACAACGAAGCCGACUCUGAAGACGAAAUCAGAAUGUUGGUUGCUCAGGAACAUUUGAGGAACCCAAAACAAACCUCCACAGAGGAUGACGACGACAAUGACAACCUGGAAGUGGUUGGAGAUGAUUUUAUUGUCAAGUCUAACGUUUUCUGGGGUGGAGUGGAACAAGAGUCCCUACUAACUUCAUCAAAAGACGAUGAGGAAUACGAUUCUACGGACACAGAUGAAAUACUCACCCAGAGAAAGACCCAGAAAACACAAGGUCAAUCUACACCAGCUAGUCCAGAUUCCUCAACAAAAUCCAGUAAAAAUGUGUCUUCAUCCACAUCUGAUGAUGAUGAUGUUAGCGUAGAUUCUGAUUAUGAAGCAAUGAUGGGGAACUGCUACCGUUUAGAUCUUUUCCUAGCAGACUUGGAGCAGCUAGCUAAAAAAGCAGAGGUGAUUUCAGAUGAUGAAAGUGUCGAAGAAACCAAGAAGGCCCCAAGUGCUCCACCCAAAAGAACAGGCAAUAACCCAGAAGAUAUUCUCGCCUCGCUUCGUGGAGACGCCACCUCUGAGAAAGAAAAGAAGAAGAAGAAGAAGAAUCAGGUAAACACUGUAUCUCUUCCUGCUUUCAUUGGAACGAAGGAUCUCUUUGGAGGUCCAGAGCCCAGCCUGAAAAGAGUUGCCCAAAGUAUAAACUGUGAAUCUCCUAAACAAGACCUGAAAUUGAAAGAAAAAAGCAUCUUAGAAAAUACAAGUCAACCGCAGACUUCAAACCGUCCAUCUCAACAGGUAAUGUCCACUUUAAAGGUAAAAUCAACCUAAAAACUGGAGAAUAAAGCGUCCAUCUCAGAAGAUGAUUCUUCUAGUGAAGAAUCAGAAAGCAGUGGUAAUGAAGAUGUCUUCACUUCUAAAGCAUCUUCAGCGUAACAAUCGGUAAGAACCAUCACUGAAGCCAAACUAAGGACUGUUAGGUCUAAUAACUCAAACACCCCAAACAAACCCAAUCAGACGAAGACCUCUAGAUCCUCCAGCAGUGACUCUUCUAGUGAAGAAUCAGAAGCGGUGAGGAAGAUGGUAAUGCUAGUCUCCAUUUCUAAAACAUCUUCAGCAACACAAUCGGCAAGAACCAUCUCAGAAACCGAAGUAAAAACUGUUAGCGCUAAUAACUCAAUCAAACCCAAGCAGACUGUUUCACAUCAAACAUUUCUUCACUCAACUGUCAUAGACACUCGGAAACAACAGCAGGACAACCAGAAACGUCUCGCGGCGCUGGAGCAAUGUCAGAAAGAAACCAAACAGCAGAGGAAACUCAUUCAAGGUGCUCUUUCUAAAGUGGACACAGUGAAAGCGAACAAAAGUAAACACAUUGUGUUUGGUUCUGAUGAAGAAGAGGAUGAAACCACAAGCAGACCAGAACAACCACCAACAAACUUGAAAAAAAGCCUCUUUGAGGACAAUUCAGGAUCCGACGAAGAUCAACAAACGUCCACUUUGAAAGAAAAGAAGAACAACAAGCCAGGUGGCAGCAAGCUGUUUGACUGUGAAGAUGAGGACGAUAGUGCUGAGGACGAACGGUUCCAGAUCAAGCCCCAGUUUGAGGGCAAAGCUGGACAGAAGCUCAUGAAGCUGCAGGCUAGUUUCGGAACCGAUUCAAGAUUCCAGGUCGAUUCUAGAUUUCUGGAAAGCGACGAUGAGUCUGAAGAUCAAGAUGCAGCGGCUCCAGAAAAAGAUGCAGACGAACAACUUCUUGAGGAGAAAAAGAAAAGUCUAGACAUCCUCCAGAGCAUUUUAAACUCCAGCAUACAACCACAAAACACCAGAAAGGGCAAGACGUUCAAAGAUGUUUCGAGCCUGCAUUACGACCCGACACAAGAAGAACAUGCUGCUUUUGAGACCAAGACAGAGGAACCGAAGAAAGAGAGCAAAGCAGCGUAACGAAAGAAACGCAAAGAGGCUGAAAAACUCCCUGAAGUUUCUAAGGACAUUUACUUUGACAUCUCGGUGGAUUUGAAGGAGGUCUUCGGGACAUCUGAAGAAAACCAGGAAGAGAAGGAAACGGUCUCAUGGGAUAAAGAGGCAGAAGAGACUGAAGACAUGGAGGUUUCCUUCACGUCUAAUGUAGAAGCAAAAGAAGACACUUCAGGUGGAUUCAAGUUCUCCUUCUUUGGCAAGGACACAGCUGUAGAGACGACCACCAAGACAGACGAGUACAAAAUAGAGACGUUAAAAGGAGCCAAGUUCUCUUGGCAAGUGGACCCUCGUUUCCAGGACAGCAGUUCAGACGAGGAAGGCAGGGACGAGAUUGAGGAGGACCAAUCUGCUUCCAGCAAAAUCACAGAUGAACCGACAACAUCAAAAAAGACAUUUUUCUUUUUCUAUCAAGAUGACGAACGGUUAAAAGAGGGGCCGGGAAUGUGUUGUAGAAGUGUAAAACUACAAGACCAGAGGUCCUGGGAAGAGAAGAGGACAUCGCUCAGAGAGGAGUGUCGCAAGAAACACAGAGAUGCCAAAAGACGCCAGAGGCCUUCGCUGAAGACCUGAACAAUUUAAAGUAUUCAAAGACAUUUUUUACAGAGAAGAUGACAGGUUUUCAGAGACAUCUUUGCAUAUUCUAUUUAAUAGCUAUAAUGUAUUGUAAAAAAAAAAAAAAAAA